AUGCGCCCUUCCUCAAUACGAACAGUCGCUCGCGCGACCGGCACUCUCUCCCGCGACACGCCCCUCUCCCACACCGCCGCUCCCUGGAUCUGCGCCAACUGCCGACGACGAAGCAUCCAAACCUCCCCGUCUCGCCUCGAACAACAACCAACAACCCAACAACAACAAAAACAACGCGACGACGAAACCCAACAACAACAAACCCACUACACCUUCUUCCCACAAACCUUCCCCUCCGGCCCCCCGCCCGCCACCCCCUUCACGCCGAACCUCCGCCUCCUGCGCCAAGAAUUCCUCCAACUCCAGUCCAAAACCCACCCAGACCUCGUGCCGACAGCCCAAAAAGCCCGCGCGGAAACCCUCUCCGCCGCAAUAAACGAAGCCUACCGCACGCUGCAGAGCCCCCUGCGACGGGCGCAAUACCUCUUGGCGCAGCGGGGCAUCGACGUGGAAGACGACGGGGCGAAAUUGGAAGGCGGGGCGCUGUUGAUGGAAGUCAUGGAGGCGCGGGAGGCCGUGGAGGAGGUGGCAGAGGAGGCGGAAUUGGAGGGGUUGAGGGCGGAGAAUGAGCGGCGGAUUCAGGCGAGUGUGGGGGUUUUGGAGGUUGCGUUUGCCGAGGGGGAUUGGGAGCGGGCGCGCAGGGAGGCGGUGAGGUUGCGCUAUUGGAUGAAUAUUGAGGAGAGUAUACGGGGUUGGGAGAAGGGGAAGGGAGGGGGCGUGGUUCAUCAUUGA